GGAGCGCCGGGAGGAGACCUUGGCCCCGCCGCGACUCGGUGGCCCGCGCUGCCUUCCCGCGCGCCGGGCUAAAAAGGCGCUAACGCCCGCGGCCGCCUACUCCCCGCGGCGCCUCCCCUCCCCGCGCCCAUAUAACCCGCCUAGGGGCCGGGCAGCCCGCCCUGCCUCCCCGCCCGCGCACCCGCCCAGAGGCUCGCGCGCCCGCGAAGGGGACGCAGCGAAGCCGGGGCCCGCGCCAGGCCGGCCGGGACGGACGCCGAUGCCCGGGGCUGCGACGGCUGCAGAGCGAGCUGCCCUCGGAGGCCGGCGUGGGGAAGAUGGCCCAGUCCACCGCCACCUCCCCUGAUGGGGGCACCACGUUUGAGCACCUCUGGAGCUCUCUGGAACCAGACAGCACCUACUUCGACCUUCCCCAGUCAAGCCGGGGGAAUAAUGAGGUGGUGGGCGGAACGGAUUCCAGCAUGGACGUCUUCCACCUGGAGGGCAUGACCACAUCUGUCAUGGCCCAGUUCAAUCUGCUGAGCAGCACCAUGGACCAGAUGAGCAGCCGCGCGGCCUCGGCCAGUCCCUACACCCCAGAGCACGCCGCCAGCGUGCCCACCCACUCGCCCUACGCACAGCCCAGCUCCACCUUCGACACCAUGUCGCCGGCGCCUGUCAUCCCCUCCAACACCGACUACCCCGGCCCCCACCACUUCGAGGUCACUUUCCAGCAGUCCAGCACGGCCAAGUCAGCCACCUGGACGUACUCCCCGCUCUUGAAGAAACUCUACUGCCAGAUCGCCAAGACAUGCCCCAUCCAGAUCAAGGUGUCCACCCCGCCACCCCCAGGCACCGCCAUCCGGGCCAUGCCUGUUUACAAGAAAGCGGAGCACGUGACCGACGUCGUGAAACGCUGCCCCAACCAUGAGCUCGGGAGGGACUUCAACGAAGGACAGUCUGCUCCAGCCAGCCACCUCAUCCGCGUGGAAGGCAAUAAUCUCUCGCAGUAUGUGGAUGACCCUGUCACGGGCAGGCAGAGCGUCGUGGUGCCCUAUGAGCCACCACAGGUGGGGACGGAAUUCACCACCAUCCUGUACAACUUCAUGUGUAACAGCAGCUGUGUAGGGGGCAUGAACCGGCGGCCCAUCCUCAUCAUCAUCACCCUGGAGAUGCGGGAUGGGCAGGUGCUGGGCCGCCGGUCCUUUGAGGGCCGCAUCUGCGCCUGUCCUGGCCGCGACCGAAAAGCCGAUGAGGACCACUACCGGGAGCAGCAGGCCCUGAACGAAAGCUCCGCCAAGAACGGGGCCGCCAGCAAGCGUGCCUUCAAGCAGAGCCCCCCUGCCGUCCCCGCCCUUGGCGCCGGCGUGAAGAAGCGGCGGCAUGGAGACGAGGACACGUACUACCUGCAGGUGCGAGGCCGGGAGAACUUUGAGAUCCUGAUGAAGCUGAAAGAGAGCCUGGAGCUGAUGGAGUUGGUGCCGCAGCCACUGGUGGACUCCUAUCGGCAGCAGCAGCAGCUCCUACAGAGGCCGAGUCACCUACAGCCCCCGUCCUACGGGCCGGUCCUCUCGCCCAUGAACAAGGUGCACGGGGGCAUGAACAAGCUGCCCUCCGUCAACCAGCUGGUGGGCCAGCCUCCCCCGCACAGUUCGGCAGCUACACCCAACCUGGGGCCCGUGGGCCCUGGGAUGCUCAACAACCAUGGCCACGCAGUGCCAGCCAACGGCGAGAUGGGCAGCAGCCACAGCGCCCAGUCCAUGGUCUCGGGGUCCCACUGCACUCCGCCACCCCCGUACCACGCCGACCCCAGCCUCGUCAGUUUUUUAACAGGAUUGGGGUGUCCAAACUGCAUCGAGUAUUUCACCUCCCAAGGGUUACAGAGCAUUUACCACCUGCAGAACCUGACCAUUGAGGACCUGGGGGCCCUGAAGAUCCCCGAGCAGUACCGCAUGACCAUCUGGCGGGGCCUGCAGGACCUGAAGCAGGGCCACGACUACAGCACCACGCAGCAGCUGCUCCGCUCCAGCAACGCGGCCACCAUCUCCAUCGGCGGCUCAGGGGAACUGCAGCGCCAGCGGGUCAUGGAGGCCGUGCACUUCCGCGUGCGCCACACCAUCACCAUCCCCAACCGCGGCGGCCCAGGCGGCGGCCCUGACGAGUGGGCAGACUUCGGCUUCGACCUGCCCGACUGCAAGGCCCGCAAGCAGCCCAUCAAGGAGGAGUUCACGGAGGCCGAGAUCCAUUGAGGGCCUCGCCUGGCCGCAGCCUGCGCCACCGCCCAGAGACCCAAGCCGCCUCCCCUCUCCUUCCUGUGUGUCCAAAACUGCCUCAGGAGGCAGGACCUUCGGGCUGUGCCCGGGGAAAGGCAAGGUCCGGCCCAUCCCCAGGCACCUCACCGGCCCCAGGAGAGGCCCAGCCACCGAAGCCGCCUGUGGACAGCCUGAGUCACCUGCAGAACCUUCUGGAGCUGCCCUAGCGCUGGGCUUGUGGGGCAGGGGCUGGCCCACUCUCAGCCCUGCCACUGCCCCGGCGUGCUCCAUGGCAGGCGUGGGUGGGGACCGCAGUGUCGGCUCCGACUUCCAGGCUUCAUCCUAGAGACUGUCAUCUCCUGACCAGGCGAGGUCCUUCCAAAGGAAAGGAUCCUCUUCACUGAUGGACUGCCAAAAAGUAUUUUGCGACAUCUUUUGGUUCUGGAUAGUAGUGAGCAGCCAAGUGACUGUGUCUGAAACACCAGUGUAUUUUCAGGGAAUGUCCCUAACUGCAUCUUGCCCGCGCCGGGGGCUGGGGACUCUCUCUGCUGGACUUGGGACUGGCCUCUGCCCCCAGCACGCUGUAUUCUGCAGGACCGCCUCCUUCCUGCCCCUAACAACAACCACAGUGUUGCUGAAAUUGGAGAAAACUGGGGAGGGCGCAACCCCUCCCAGGCGCGGGGAAGCAUCUGGUACCGCCUCAGCCAGUGCCCCUCAGCCUGGCCACAGUCACCUCUCCUCGGGGACCCCUCAGCAGAAGGGGACAGCCUGUCCUUAGAGGACUGGAAAUUGUCAAUAUUUGAUAAAAUGAUACCCUUUUCUA